UAAUUCUCCCUGGAAAUGUAGUUCUUACUCUCCAGGGCCAGAAGUACUGAGUAGUGCCACCUUCUCAGUUUGGUUAGUGAGAGAAAUAUAUAAACGGGCUUAUAUAUCUCUGGCUUUAUUUUCUAAAAUCCAGAUGUCAUUGCCCUAGACCGAAGACCAUGUUAUUUAAUUUGGGCUCUUUCCUAUCCUUUGAGGAACACAGAGUUUGGUGAAAAGAGUUCCUCUGAAGUGUGCUGUACAUGGUCAGUCCUAUUUCUAAAGCCUAAAAGGGAAUUGAAGGGAGGAGGUCCUGGCCAACGAACGAGCAUCUGUGAAACUCACUGCUAAUGUAAAGGCAUCUGCUGAAAAAAGUACGUGUAGCCUAUGUGGAGGAACACUUUGGGAUUUUGUUCAGGUUUUUCAUGAAUCCAGGAAUUCCUGAUUCAUGGGCAGUCAGCGUCUAAGAAUCUAGGACUCACACUGAAAGUGCAGAAUGUGGGAGGAGAGAGGUGCUGAAUCCCACCAUCACAAGAGCCUGUGACUUGGGCACAUGCCCUCCUGCAUAGACUCCCUCAUCUUCCAAGACAGGGAGCCAAACUGAUUGGUAUCUGUCACUGCAGAGGUAGUGGCUUGGAAAUGAACAUGCUAGAGGACCUUGAGUCCUUGCAGUUUGAGUAUGGGAUUCAAGAGGAAGACCACAGCUGGCUGUAUUUGCAGGGCCGUUUUCGAGGGCUGAUGAUCAAGGCCUGUGCCCAUGCAACCUUCUUCUGCAAGCUGCUCUGUAAUUUGAGAGAAUCAUUACAUGAGAAGCAAACUUCCAGAUGUGUUUUGACUGGAUUGCUUGCUGCCAUUCCCAAUGAUGAGUUAAAGGUGGGCAUCAUUGGCGGUGGCAACCUUGGGAAGCAGCUGGCUCGUGUACUGCUUCAGCUUGUCCCCAUCCCUGCUGAGAACCUGAGGAUCUCCACUCGGAGGCCAGAGGUCCUGGAUGAAUUCCAGAAACUGGGAAUCCAGUGUUUUUACCACAACCCUUACCUGGUGGACUGGGCCAACGUGCUAUUCCUCUGCUGCCUGCCGUCUCAGCUGCCCAAUAUCUGCCUAGAAAUUCAAACCCACCUAGAGAAAGGUUGCAUCGUGUACAGCUUCGUGGCUGCUGUCCCGAUAGCCAGGUUGAAACUCCUACUGAACCACACCAAUAUCUUGCGGCCUCAGUAUCAGUGUGUUGAAAAUGUCAACAUCUGGGGGGCUGGUAAGGACAUCACAGCUGCUCUCCAAGAUCCUGUGAUUCUUCAGGCUACUUGCCCCUACAGUGCUGCUGGGGGAAUAAUCCUCAAUAUCAAGUGGUUGGAGGGAGUGUUUCAUGCAGCACUAAACAUUUGCACCGCAAAGGACAUGCCCCACUUACAAGUGCUGCAGCUUCUGAAUGAACUCUUCCUCUCUGUGCACUUUGAAGACUGUGAGAAAGAUGAAGCAUCUUGCCCCAAAUUUCAAUUACAAGAUUUUGUUGACCAGGUCUAUACCAAGAACCUGCCUCAGCGAAGGCCUUUCCCCUGGUUUGAUUUGACUGCUGUGCAACUCAAGGAAACUUCCUUUACUCAGCAUUUCUCAACCAGUACUGCUUUCCGGGACCACCUUACCUAUCUAUACUGUGAUUUGUUUGGUAUCUCCUUUACCAAAGAGCAGCAGCCUGGGGUUUCCACAAGCUCUUCCUCAAAAUAAGAGAAGAGACCUCAGAAACUUGGAUUUUUUUUUUCCCCUCCACAAUGCUUGUAGCCAGAUUAUCACAGUUGACUUUGGGAAUCAUGUAACUGCACUGGGUUUGCCACAUGUUUGGGCAUUAAGGAAUUAGAAAACCAUACUAAUGGUUCUUUGAAAUAUAAAAUAAAGCAAGAGGUCUUAUCCAUCAGUAUAUUUGGGUAUGUCUGGCUUUUGGAAGCAACCAAAUUAAACUAUAUAACCUGACACACUUAAGCUGCUUCCCCAGGAAAGCCAUGUUAAUAUAAAUGAUCUUUCUUCUA